AUGUUCGCCAACAAAUUGAGUUCCCAAUCCUUUAGAUCAGUAAUCAUGUCAGCUAAGAGAUUCAAUUCUACAAUUACCCCUGUUAGAACCUCACAGGCACCACCACCUGCUGCCUCUUAUUCACAAGCAAUUAAGGUCAACGGUUUUAUUUAUGUUUCAGGUCAAAUUCCUUACACCCCAGACAACAAGCCAUUACCAGCCUCAGCUACUAUCGCUGAUCAUGCUGAGCAAGCCAUUCAGAAUGUUUCUAACAUUUUAGAAGCCUCCAAUUCCUCUUUGAACCACAUUGUCAAGGCUAACAUUUUCUUGACAGACAUGGGAGCACAGUUUGGCGAAUUCAACAAAGUUUAUGCUAAAUACUUUAAUGAGCACAAACCAGCUAGAUCAUGUGUUGCCGUCAAGGAAUUGCCAUUAGGAGUUCCUUUGGAAAUAGAAGUUGUUGCUAUUGAAAAGGAUGACACCAAAUUAUAA